UUCCUUAUUUAACAAUAUAGAAAAAUAUUAAAAAAAAGGCUUGCCGCAGAGGGAAGGUGGAGCAGUGGAGAAAAUAAACGUCUCUCUCUCUCUCUCUCUCUCUCUCUCUCUGUUCGUGAUGCAAAGCCGCCUUAGUUCGAUGGCUGGCUUCCAGCGCCAAGAAUCCCUAAAGCCUGCUAAGUUAUAGAAGACUGAUCCACUAGUUCACUUGUACGAUUGCUGAACUCCCUCUCGAGCGAUCUUGGACUAGUAUCGGUCUCUCUGAUACCAAUCGAUCUUCCUGAACGCGAUCUAUUAUACGAAUUUCGAUCGGUCCUCAAGUGCUUGCAGUUUUUAUCCAGAUACAAAGUGCCUCCAGUUGUUUCUCUUUCACUGUUCGCCUGACCUUCGAUGUGGAAGUAAGGGGGAGGAGGGGGAAGAGGAAGGGGAAGAGCAGAGAGCCGAUGCCCGUCGGCAGGGAGGAUACGAGAUGUACGUGCGGGAGCGGCGCAGUGGUGCAUCUGCAGAUGGUGAGCUCGAUCGUGAAGGAGAUUCGGGAGCCAUGUCUUUAUCACUCCGCAACCAGGAGAAGUAAGAUGCUCAACCCAGAAAAGUGGCAAGCAGUUUUUGAUGGUGACGGGAAGGUUCUAGGUUUCCAGAAAGCACUUAAAUUGAUCAUAUUGGGAGGCGUGGAUCCUUCCAUAAGAGCUGAAGUGUGGGAGUUUCUUCUUGGAUGCUAUGCUUUGAGCAGCACUGCAGAUUACAGGAGGCACCUGAGAAUCGCUCGGAGGGAACGUUAUGAUGAUUUGAUCAGGCAAUGUCAAACCAUGCACUCUAGUAUUGGUACUGGAACUCUUGCUUACGUUGUUGGGUCCAAAGUGAUGGAUAUGAGGACUUCAUCUAAAUAUAAUGACUCAAAUGAGGCAAUGACCACUAUUGGUCGAGCUUCUGAGGAUGCUACUAAUUCUAUAGACUCAGGUCUGAAUAAUGGUUUUAUGGAUACAUCAUAUCGGCAUCAAAAACGAAAAUCUAGCAAUUCAGUUGAACUAUACAGUGUUAGGAUGAGCUCAGGUAGUGCUGCCCGCCAUUCUUCCUGCACCGCGCCAGCUUCUUUGGAAUAUAACUUGUCAGAAGAACCUGAAACUGAAUUGCAUGAAUUCCAAUAUGAAGCUGAAAGCUUUUAUGAUUUCCCUCCUCUUCCUGUUACAAAUUUAUUUGCAAAGGAUAAUGCAGAUGACAAUGGAAGUGAACUGCAUGAUGAUAGUUUAUCUGUCUCUAAACGUACAUUCAGAUUCAGGGAUGAACGCAUGCAUAGCUUUCAAAUUAAUAAUAAUGUGGAUCUUAUAAUGGAAUCAAAUGAUCCUACUAAUGGUCUUCGUCUAUUUAGAGCAAGCAGCCAUGGAACUGAGUUUUUUAAUACAUGUAUUAAUGAGCUAGCCAGGACGCCAAAAGAAUCUGGAUACAAAAAUGAAGCUGUCAGUAAACUAAGGAUUUCAGAUGCUUCAGGUGGAGCUAAGGCAGAAGCAACCACAUCAAUUGGAGUUGCUCGUGAUCAAAGAGUUUCUGAGUGGUUGUGGACUCUCCAUCGCAUCGUUGUUGAUGUAGUUAGAACCGAUAGCCAACUUGAAUUCUAUGGAGAUUCAAAAAAUAUAGCUAGAAUGUCAGAUAUCCUUGCUGUUUAUGCAUGGAUUGAUCCAGCCACGGGAUACUGCCAAGGUAUGAGCGAUUUGCUCUCUCCUUUUGUUGUGCUAUAUGAGGAUAAUGCAGAUGCCUUUUGGUGUUUUGAGAUGCUUCUGAGGAGAAUGCGUGAAAAUUUCCAAAUGGAAGGACCUACUGGAGUAAUGAAGCAAUUGCAAGCUGUAUGGAAAAUUUUGGAAAGGACAGAUGCUGUAUUGUUUGAACAUCUGACUGUCAUUGGAGCUGAGAGCCUUCAUUUUGCUUUUCGGAUGUUACUGGUACUUUUUCGUCGUGAGCUUUCGUUCAGCGAAGUAUUAUUUAUGUGGGAGAUGAUGUGGGCUGCUGAUUUUGAUGAAGCUGGAGUGCAGCAGUUAGAAGAAAAUUGCUUGGAACCUUUGCUAGUACGUGUUUCUGGUUCAGAAAACGGAGAAGAAAAUGCUGAUAAUUGUAAAAGAAAAUUUAAAAGUGUGCAUUCUCGUUUUAGACAUGAAACAUGGGAAUCUUGUAGCAAUGAACUGAGGGCCUCUUCGAGCCAUCCAUUCUGUGGCCUUACCAAAGCUACUUUCUGGGCAAGACAUAAUCAGCUCCAAGCUUGCGACAGUGGACCAAUAAGAAGCGGGGAUGAUGAAUUGUCUGUCUUCUGUGUAGCUGCCAUUCUUAUCAUUAAUCGACAAAAGAUAAUGAGAGAAACUCAUUCAAUUGACGAUGUUAUCAAGAUGUUCAAUGAUAAUAUGUUGAAAAUAAAUGUUAAAAGGUGUAUUCGUAUGGCAAUCAAGCUACGAAAGAAGUACUUUUACAAGGUGAAAUUUUCUUCGAUUCUCAAAACUCUAUUAUUCCGACGAUUUAUUUUUCUGUAAGCCUUUAAAACUAUCAUAGUUCCUCCUCCAACUAUGUUGAAAUUGCUGUCAUAUUCAAGACAGUUAUACAAACAAAUGAGCACAUCAAGUUUUGAGCUACUUUGAGAUCAUAGAUUCUUUCAUUUCUGGCAAUCAAGAGGAAUGCUCUGCUUUCCUAGUUUUCGGACAGUGGGAAGUGCCCUCUCAUGGUUCUAGGUUUGGCCAUGCCAUUUCUUAUCAUUUAUUGUGGAAACUGAUAAUGAAGCUAAUCACCGGGUUUUCUCCCUCCGGUGCUGUUUAUUCACUUCACACUUGGCAAGUGAUAUACUUGCUGAACAUCCGAAUUGCAACUAUUUACUUGAAGGAGCUUAGUUUCUUAAAAAAAUAAAGAAUCAGCCAAAUUCAAAUUUGAUAGAAGCAUCAUGGCCAAUGCUUGCAGUUCUGCUACAGGUAUGAGAAAACAACAUGAAAUCCAGUUUAUUUUAUUUUCCUAUUUCAUACCUUUCAUAUACUUGAAUCUCUGUAACCUAUACUUUUUCUUCUCAAAGAAGAGAGAGAGAGAGAGUAAUUGAAAUUAUAACUAUAGGCUUGCAUUUCAUGAGUGAGCUUUAUUAUUCUCUUGAUGCUUUGCACAACUGGAAGCCUCAAGUAAUUAGGGUUUUAUUCACUGUAAACGCUUUCAAGAAGAAGGCUCAUUCUUUUGGAUGAAAUCCCCUUUGGGGCUGUUUGGGAUUUCUAUUGAAAAAAAAAAAAAAAGUUUCAGAUA